AUGAGUCUGAAACAAAUGGUGUUCAAAUGUGAAAAUCCUGAAGCCAGUGUGAAAGCCAUACUCACACCAAGUGGAGAAACAUACCUUAAGGGUUAUGAUAUAGCCAAAGCUCUAGGGUAUGUGAAACCCAAGCAUGCUAUUAAAAGGCAUGUAGAUGAAGAAUAUAAGUCAACGCUGAGGGAUCUAAAAGGGGCCCCGUUUCAGGGCCCCUUUGAAGGCGGUCAACCAGGGACAAUUUACAUCACGGAGCCUGGUUUCUACGCACUUGUCUUUAAAUCCAAUCUCAAGACCGCUAGGGAAUUCCAGAUGUGGGUCUUUAGCUUUGUCCUGCCGACUCUAAGAAAAACCGGUCAGGUGAGACUUAACCCCAACAACUUAUCCUUCAAGAUUGAGAGUGAGUUUGACCUACACGUUAGAGUUGUCAGAUACAUUCGGAGAUUCUACCCAGACGCUCUAAUAACCGCUGGACUUGGUGAACUACAGGACACCUCAAGCAAAAGAAUAGCCAGCUGGAGGAAAGGCUACCAGAAAGGUCAACCAGACAUAAUAAUCGGAAACCCAAGUAAGAGACACAUAGGAUUCUGUAUCGAGCUUAAGACUCCAAAGGGAACUGGAUCACUCAGUAAGGAACAGGAAGAUUUGCUCAGGAAAUACAGACGUAACGGCUAUAGGUGUAUGGUCUCGAAUGACUAUGACCUGAUAGUAAGAGAGGUGAUCGAGUACUUCAAAGACCUGAGAAUAAAGUGUGAGAACUGUAGUAGGAGAUUCCUAAGUGAAAACUCACUGAGUAGUCAUGAGAAGUACUUCCAUAAAAUAAGGUGUGUUUGA